UUUAGCUUACAUUCCAUCAAAAUUUAGCCGCAUCGCAGCAACCAUUACCUUUUCUUCUUAACGGGUAGUUCUCCAAUCGUUGAUAGUGAAUGAAAUUAUUACGUUUACCGUGUCUGUCCACAUAGAAAAGACAAUCAGGGUUUUCUGGGUGAACUUCCCGACGAUUACGUGAUGCAAAUUGAAUUUGGGCAAUUACCAAGAAAUCUUUAAAGCCUACCCCUGAACAAGAUGAGUAUUGAGCCAUUUAACAGGUUGGUGAAACUUGCAGCUCGCGCGUUUUAUGAUGAUGUGACAACUAAAGGAGAUAAUCAGCCGAAGACUGGUCGGGGGGAUAAUAGAGGGAUUGCUGUAGUAGUGCUUGAUGCUCUUACAAGGAGACAAUGGGUUAGGGAAGAAGAUUUGGCAAAGGAGUUGAAACUACAUUCAAAGCAACUUCGGCGGACUCUACGGCUAUUUGAGGAAGAAAAACUAGUCACCCGUGAUCAUAGGAGAGAGACGGCUAAAGGAGCAAAGAUAUAUAGUGCUGCGGUAGCUGCGACAGUUGAUGUUCAACAUGGUGGAAAAGAGGGAGAGGAGAAGAUUAAAUUGCACACUCACUCUUAUUGUUGUCUGGAUUAUGCACAGAUAUAUGAUGUUGUUAGGUAUAGACUGCAUCGUAUGAAGAAAAAACUAAAGGAUGAGCUCGAGGACAAGAAUACUGUACAGGAGUAUGUGUGCCCUAACUGUGGAAAAAGAUACAAUGCUUUGGAUGCAUUGCGAUUGGUUUCCUUGGAGGAUGAAUAUUUUCACUGUGAAAGAUGUAAUGGUGAAUUGGUGGCAGAGAGUGACAAGUUAGCAGCACAAGAUGUAGGAGAUGGAGAUGACAAUGCAAGACGACGGCGACGUGAAAAAUUGAAGGACAUGCUUCAAAAAAUGGAGGUACAGCUUAAACCUCUAAUGGAACAACUCAGCAGAGUAAAAGAUUUGCCUGUUCCAGAAUUUGGAAGUCUACAAGCAUGGGAAGCUCGAGCAAGUGCUGCUGGGCGUGCAAUAAAUGGUGAUUCUGGUUCUAAUGAUCCUUCCAGAUCUUCUCAGGGUUAUGGUGGAACACCUAUGCCAUUUCUUGGGGAGACAAAGGUUGAAGUUGCCUUUUCUGGUCUUGAUGGCAAGGAAGAAGAUGUCAAAUCUGAAAGUGCAGGCACAUCCUUGAAAGUAUUGCCACCUUGGAUGAUAAAGCAAGGAAUGAACCUGACAAAGGAACAGCGUGGAGAGGUCAAGCAGGAGUUCAAGACAGACGGCACUUCAACACAACCAGAUUUUUCAGAAGACAAGAAGUCGACUAUUGAAACUGAUGAUAAGAAGAAUUUACAGGACGAGUAUCUUAAAGCCUAUUAUGCUGCUUUGUACAAGAAACAACAAGAACUAGAAGAAGCUGCUAAGAAACAAGAAGAAUUAUCAGACAUUCCUCUUGCCAGUAGUCAUUCUGACUCUUCCAAGCGUCAAGUUGGCAUGAAAGUUAAACGUGAUGACGAUGAGGGAGAUGAUGAUAUUGAUUGGGAAGAAGCCCCUGUUGCAGGCAAUACAACUGAGAGUUAUAAGGUUAAUGACUUGAAUGUUGAAGCGGAAGCCUCUGGAGAUGAUGAGGAUGAUGUAGAUUGGGAGGAAGGCUAAAGAGAGCAAAGAUUUUCCUAAGUGAAUGGUUCAGCUUCCCUUGGUCUUCGUGGCAUUAGCAACGUUGGGAACGGGUGGUGUAAAUGUUGCUCUCUAGUUGCAAGUUUUCACAUCUUCAUGUGCUCGUACAACUGAAGCCCUUCAAAUUGGAUCAUUGUUAUUAGUUUUAUUUGUGAUCACUUGACUUUGUGCCAAUAGUUUGCUGUGAGAAGUAAAAAUGAUGUUUGUAGUCUUAGAAAUUGAUUUUCAUGAACUUGCCUUGUAGACAAAGCAGUAUACCAAAGAUAUUAAUCGUAAUUGUAAUUUCUGUUUCCAUCAGUUGUACCUUGUGUUCUUAAGCAAGGUACUGAAUAGUGUUAAUUUCAACAGCGUUAUGUAGAAAAACAGCAGUGAGAAUUACAAUUA